AUCGGCCAAUACAAGCAUCAUCGAAGAGUGCAGUUUCUACUUUGUAGCUAGCCAUGUCGAGCCAUAGAUCUUGUGGCCUGGUGGUGGUGCUCGCCUGCGCCGCUCUCAUGGCGGCGGUGGCCGGCACGGCGCAGUACAACGUCGGCGGCGACAACGGGUGGGGCGUGCCCGGCGCCGGCGCCGAGUCCUACAACACCUGGGCCGAGAAGACCACCUUCCAGGUCGGCGACCAGCUCGUGUUCGUGUACCCCAAGGACAAGGACUCGGUGCUGCUGGUGGCGCCGGCCGACUACAACGCCUGCAACACCAACACCUACGACAAGCAGUUCAGCGACGGCAACACCGUCUUCGACCUCGACCGCGCCGGCGCCUUCUUCUUCAUCAGCGGCGUCGACGCCAACUGCCGCGCCAACGAGAAGCUCAUCGUCAUGGUCGCCGCCGCCGCCAAGGGCGCUCCCACGCCCAGCCAGGGGUCGCCUGCAGCAACAGCAACGACCCCGCCGUCUGCUCCCUCAGGUGGCGCCCCGCCAAACUCCCCAGCAACCCCAAAUGCUCCGGCGGGUGAGGCGAGUAACUCAACGCCGGCCAAGGGCGCACCUCCUGGAGCCGCCAGCGGCGCCGGUCUCACGGUGGCAGGCCUCGCCGGCUCGUUCGUGGCAUUGUUUGGAUACGCCAUGCUUGCUUUCUAGUACUGCUUUCCAAAGCUAUCUUUUACUGCUCCUUUUCAAAGCCGGAAGACUAUUUGCUCCUUUUCAGAGGGCAACGUGUCUCUGCUCAGAUUCUUUUCCGUUAUGAUCAAUGACAAAUGCAAUAUGAUGGUUCCUGAAUGAGAUAGCACCUAGCAUUGGCAUUCCAGCAGCAUAUUAUCAGAUAGACUCCCUCCAUAAGGAAAUACUUGUCGGAAAAAUGGAUAACACAUCUUCUUUUAUCCAUUUUGAUGACAAGUAUUUCCGGACGAAGAGAGUACAUCCAUUUCUUCGACAAGUAUUUCCGGACAGGGAGUAUUACUUAUCAGAAAGCAUAAUAAAGGCAUGCGCGGACUAAUACUUUCGCAUAAAUACACGACCAGAGAUGUUCUGAAGCGAAGCACAGCUCUGAAUUAAGCGACAGUCAAAUAUUCUGAACUCGGAGUAAACUGACGGGCGACUACAUAGGAUCUAUAAUAAGGCUAUUCAAACUACAAAUUCUUGAUGACGACCAUGAGAGACGAUGAAAAAGAA